AUGGGACAAACUGAUGCAGUAGAAAAAUUUGCGCGAAAGUUCUUAUCUCAAAUUUCUACCUGUGAUAAAUUAACCCAAGUGAAUAUACUUGAUAGAAUCAAGUGUCAUGUUCAUCUCGGAAAUGUUGCUCUUGAACGUGAUCAACUCAAAGAAGCAUUGAGGGAAUACAAAAUAGCUUUGACUCUUGCAGAAGAUUUGGAAGAGUCGAAUGUAAAAUAUGCGGUAAUUAUUAAUGCGGCCAUUAAACAUUAUACCAGAGCUCUCAAUGUUUUAGAACAACAAAAAGACAAAGAUGUUAUGCAAUUAGUGAACUUGUAUUUGAAUAUUGCAGCAACAUAUCGAGAUCUGAAAGACUAUGAGCAAGCACGAAAGUUCUGUCAACAAGCAUUGACUUUUCAGAACGAGUAUUUUCCAGAUGCUCAUUUCCACUUUGCAGUUUCAUACAAAAGUUUAGCUGCUAUAUAUUUCGAUUUACAUGAAUUUAAUCAGGCUCUUGAGGCUUGUCAAAAAGCAUUGGAUAUUGAAUUAAGAACACUACCAUUUAAUCAUCCUAAUGCAGCAGUGACAUACGAAAAUAUGGCGGUUAUCUAUGAACGUUUGAAUGACAUUGAACAUGCUCAAGACUGCUUGCAUAAAGCUAACGCAAUAGAUCAUACAGCAACGUUGAUCCCUUAUUCUCGUUUCUCUAUUAUUCAAUACACAUGUCCUUGGUGUCGACAUACUGUCUGGAUCUAUACAAUAUUUAAAUUUGUGCGAGGAGCACCUUGUUUUCGUUGCCUCCGAAGAAUGAUUACUUUCCAUCGCAAAACAAAUCAUACUGUAUAA